AUGGCAGUUCCUGGGUCGGGAAUACCUACGCCUAAAUAUGGCCCGAAAGUCCUACAGAUGCGCGAGUUGGUCGCCCAACCCGUUUUCUCGGCCUUUUGCGCUGGAGGAGUAGCAGGCGCCGUAUCCAGAACAGUGGUAUCGCCUCUGGAGAGACUAAAGAUUCUCUUCCAAAUACAAAGUGCUGGCCGUACGGAGUACAAGUUAUCGGUUGGAAAGGGCUUGGCAAAGAUGUGGAGGGAUGAAGGAUGGCGCGGAUUCCUCAGAGGGAACGGCACAAAUUGUAUACGCAUCAUCCCCUAUUCUGCGGUACAAUUUGGUAGCUACAAUUUCUACAAAACGUGGUUUGAGCCUUCUCCUGGCGCCGACUUGACUUCGAUCAGCCGCUUAAUCUGUGGUGGAUCUGCAGGGAUUACCUCUGUCUUUUUCACGUAUCCUCUCGACAUAGUUCGCACACGCCUGUCAGUCCAGACUGCAACAAGUCACAAUACGGCAGAGAUGCUCAAGCCUCCUGGUAUGUGGUCGACCAUGGUAAAGAUGUACAAGGUAGAAGGAGGAGUCGUGGCUUUGUACAGGGGCAUAAUACCGACUGUGGCUGGUGUAGCACCAUAUGUUGGUCUCAACUUCAUGACCUAUGAGAUUGUUCGCAAGUACUUUACCCCUGAAGGAGAGAAGAAUCCAAGUGCGUUACGAAAACUUGCAGCAGGUGCUAUCUCAGGAGCAGUCGCACAGACUUGCACAUACCCCUUUGAUGUUCUCCGCCGCAGAUUUCAAAUCAACACGAUGCCGGGCUCUGACUUCAAGUACAAUGGGAUAAUCCAUGCUGUGAAGUCAAUUAUUGCAGCAGAAGGGUUCAAGGGCAUGUACAAAGGCAUUGCGCCAAAUUUGCUCAAGGUUGCUCCGAGUAUGGCAAGUAGCUGGCUUAGCUUCGAAAUGACUAGGGACUUCCUGGUUACUCUGAGGCCGGCAGAGGCAUCUUUGUAA